AUGCAUCGUACAGUUCCUCAGAUGUUUCCGCGACUGAAAAAUCUUUCUCUCUAUGUCUUAUCAUUAUCGUUAUUUGCACUUGUUAUAUACCUGCACAAAGAAACCAAGAAUACUAGGACUCUAGCUCCAAUUCAGAAACAGAUCCAAAAGCAAGAAAUUCAUUUCUGGGCUCCCCGCUUGAUAAGGAAGGUCCAGUGUCAUCCACAAAACUUGACACUGAAUAUUACGCAGUCUCUUCCUGAGCCUCAUCAAUUGUUCUUAAUGUAUAAACACUGCAAGAACUUUUCCACACUUCUGAUGCCAAGUGCAUGUGAGAGGGACACUUUUUUGUUACUGGCCAUAAAGUCAUUGCCUAUAAAUAUAGACAGACGUAUUGCUAUUCGAAAUACCUGGGGAAAACAGCAGGACAUUCAGGGCAAGAAAAUAAAAUUGGUAUUCUUACUAGGAAAGAGUGAAACCAAGUAUCCAGUAAAAUCCCUUCAUCAGCUACUUUCCUAUGAAAGCAAUGAAUUUGAAGACCUAAUACAGUGGGAUUUUGUAGACAAUUUUUUUAACCUAACGCUAAAAGAGAUCCAUUUUCUGAGGUGGUUCAGAAAAGAAUGUCAAGAUGCCAAGUUUGUUUUAAAAGGAGAUGAUGAUGUCUUUAUUAAUACAUAUAACAUAAUUGAGUUCCUUGAUGGGAGGGAUCCAGAAGAGGAAAUUUUUACUGGGGAUGUGAUCAUAAACGCCAUGCCUAUAAGGAACACCAAAGUAAAAUAUUUCAUCCCACAUUCUAUGUACAGUCAAAAGCACUACCCUAAAUAUGCUGGGGGAGGUGGUUACUUGAUGUCUAGAAGGACUACCCAAAAUCUUCUCAUUAAUGCUGAAAUGACGGACCUCUUUCCCAUUGAUGAUGUAUUUGUGGGUAUGUGCCUUGUGAAGAUGAAUGUUACCCCACAGUACCAUCCAGGCUUUAAAACGUUUGGGAUUCAAAGACCUUUUAACUCAUUUGAUCCAUGUUUAUACAAAGGGUUAAUGGUUGUGCACAAGUUAAACCCUACAGAGAUGUGGAUCAUGUGGACCUUAGUAAAAGAUGGAGACAUUCGUUGUGCAAAGUCCGGACUUUAG